ACUUAUUGCACUUGUCAAGCUCACCACUCUCACAACAUACACAAACGGAGAAGCUUCAAGAAGCCAUGAAAAUUUUCUUCUUCUUCAUCAUCUUCUUCUCCAUCGCCGUCUCUUCCAUUUCUGGAUCUAAGGAUCCGGAUUGUGUGUACACGGUUUAUGUUCGAACCGGAUCGAUCGUGAAAGCAGGGACCGAUUCGAACAUUACAUUGACUCUAUACGACGCCGAUGGCUAUGGUAUCAGGAUCAAUAAUCUCGAGGCUUGGGGCGGGCUUAUGGGCCCGGGAUACAACUAUUUUGAGAGGGGGAAUCUGGACAUUUUCAGUGCGCGCGGCCCGUGCCUGUCGGGUCGGGUCUGCUACAUGAACCUCACAUCCGACGGGACCGGCCCGCACCACGGCUGGUACUGUAACUACGUGGAGGUCACCGUCACCGGAGUCCACCAGGCGUGCUACCAGCAGCUUUUCACGGUGGAGCAGUGGUUGGCCACUGAUACGCCGCCGUAUGAGCUCACCGCCAUAAGAAACAAUUGUGUUUCUGAUGCCUCUAAGUCUCUUCCCCUCGACGCCUCUGAAACUGCUGGAAUUGUAGCUGUCAUGUAAGAGAGAGGUGUUGGACUCUUUUGUAUAAUUUCACAUGGGUCUGUUCUGGACUUGCCCAAUUUCUCAUAUUCGGCCCUUGUUCCUUUUUUGAAAUAAUGAACUUUUUUUUUUGGUGUCAUCUAAUUUUCAUUCAAUAUAUGAAAAAAUUUCAGUUUUUGUCUA